AUGUUUCAAAUUGACGCGGCUUGUAUUAUUUAUGUGAUUCAUCGAACUUAUCAACGUUGGAAAACAUCAGGAUAUUACUUAUUAAUGGCUUACAAGAUACCAUUUUAUAUGGCUUUACAUCCUUUAGCAGCCACUGAUAAUUGGUCUGAACCAUAUUGUUCUAUCAUUGCUGGUGGUUUCUUUUUUUGGACAAUAUUCAAUAUCUUAACGGUAGGAAUGUCCGCAUUAGUGAGUUGGCUUAUAGUUUGCAAAAAGGCUCAACUUAAUUUUGGAACUUAUGAUUACAAAAUAUUCAUUAUACCAUUCACGUGUUAUACUUCGGAUCAAUAUACAACAGUUCCUGCUAUCUUGUUGAUUGUCGAUAUUUUAGUCCUAACUUUGUCUUUAUGUUGUUACAUAAAUAUUCUUAAUGAAAUAAAAACUUCCGAAUUAUGUAAUAGAAAUGGUCACUUGAUAAAGGCUUAUAGAAAAAUAUUGGGAUACAUCGUUAUGUACAUUGUUCAAUGGACUCCUCUCAUGAUCUACGUAAUCGCCGAUGUAUUAAAUCAAGAAAGAUUAUGGUUAUAUUUUUUUACGGUUAGCUUUAUUUCCAUGGGAGGCAUUCUUAACAUGGUUCAAUAUAUUUUAAAUGAAGGAUGGAAAGAUAAACCUGAUCUCCUAUAUGAAAUUUCACGAAGGGGGAUAUCACAAUCCAUUAAGAGUCAUGAAAUUGAGACAUCAUUAGAAGUGAUCGAUGAAUAA